AUGGGGAAGUUGACUUUUCCGUUUGUUGGAAUGAUUAUGGCGGAAUUUGCUCAGGUUGGGUUAAUCAUAUUGAGCAAACAAGCCAUGGAACAAGGAAUGACCAAUUUCAUCUUCAUCUUCUAUUCCAAUGCAAUCGCUGCCCUCCUCCUUCUUCCCAUUUCCUUUCUUAUUCACAGAUUUGAACGUCCUCCAGUUACCUUUUCCACCCUUUGUGGAUUCUUCCUACUUGCGCUGCUCGGUUAUUUGGCGCAGGCUUUUGGGUACGCUGGGAUUUACUACGGCUCAGCUACACUCAGCACAUCCAUGCUCAACCUCGUUCCUGGUUUUGCUUUCAUACUUGCUGUUCUUUUUAGAAUGGAACAAUUAGAUUUGAGAAAAUUUAGCAGCCUAGCUAAGUGCUUGGGAACAAUAGUAUCAAUUGCUGGUGCAUUUGUUGCGACUUUGUACAAGGGCCCUACACUUUUGCUGGGAGUGGCAUCUGAAAACUCAUCUCCUAAGCCUCUUUUCUCGGAAGAUUCUAAUUGGAUACUCGCAGGAUUAUAUCUUGCUGCUGAUUGUGUAAUGGCUUCGGCAUUUAUUAUUCUGCAGGCUUCUAUUCUAAAGAAAUAUCCAGCAGAGUUGAUUGUUGCAUUCUUUUAUUGUUUCUUUGUGGCCAUUCAAUCUGCUGUGACUUGUUUAGUUGUGGAAAGAGACGUCAGUGCUUGGAACUUGGAACCUAAAUUCAGGUUGCUUUCAGUUUUAUACUCGGGAGUCUUUGGUUCGGCAUUUCAAGUUGGUAUUAUUUCUUGGUGUUUGCACCAGACGGGACCAGUUUUUGUUUCCAUGUUCAAGCCCUUAGGAAUAGUAAUUUCAGUGGUUUUAGGUGUUCUCUUUCUCGGGGACGCAUUCUAUCUUGGAAGUCUGAUUGGUGCUACUGUGAUUGUUGUUGGGUUUUAUUCCGUAUUAUGGGGGAAAGCCAAAGACAUUGAAGACGCUGGAGUGAGAAUCUUGGAAUCAAAGGGCAAACAGGCCCCCCUUUUGGAGGAAAACAGCCAUGAAGACAUACAAGGGCAUUAA